AUGCCUCCACGCAGCACUCCCAGUCCUGUCCGGAUCCCGUCGACUCCUUUCGCCAGGCUGUGGAUGACAUCGCAUGCUCCUGAAUAUGUUGGAUUUUUUCUAUUGCUUAUUGGUUGGAUAUGCUUGGUCCUGUUCGUCACUCCGUUUCAUCGCAUGUUCAGUAUCGACGACUUGCAAAUAUCGUUUCCGCACGCAGAACAUGAGCGUGUACCUGUUGUCAUGAACUUUGUAUAUGCCUUCUUCAUCCCGCUCGGGGUGCUCAUCUCGUACAACCUCAUCAUGCGGUCCCCUGCCACAAAGCACGAAGUUACAUAUCUUUCGUUUCUCAUCUCAGUCGCAUUGACGCUCUUCUUGACAGACGUCAUUAAGAAUGCCGUUGGCCGACCGCGACCUGACCUCCUGGAUCGUUGUCAACCCAGGGCUGGGACCAAGCCUCACACGCUAGUCAGCAUCGACGUCUGCACGACAGGCGAUGGUCACAAGCUGCAGGAUGGGUGGCGUUCGUUUCCUUCUGGUCAUUCGUCCUUUUCCUUCGCGGGACUGGGCUUUGUGAGCCUGUACUUUGCGGGUCAGUUUCAGAUUUUUAGGACGGCCACCGGCGGCCGCGAUCUCAGCCGUGCGCUCUUUUGCCUAGCGCCGCUGAUCGGAGCGGCUCUCAUUGCUAUUUCUCGAUGCGAAGACUAUCGCCACGACGUGUACGACGUUUGUGUCGGUUCAACCCUAGGCUUCACCGUUGCCUACUGGAGCUACCGCAGGCACUGGCCUCCGCUGGCCAGCCCUCUUUGCGCGCAGCCAUAUCCACCACCCGGCACUGAUAGUCAAGUUUGGCAACGCGUUCGCGAUGAGGAGGCUGGGCCCGAGGGUGCAGGUUUCGAAAUGGGCCAAUUUAGGGGCAAUAAUCGGAGCUAG